CGUGACAUCAUUUGACAUCCGGAAGUAGCGUCACUCCAGGGGCGGGUUGAUAAGGUCCUAAAACUUUUACUUUUCCGUACUGCAUCGUACCCUAGUACCAUUAGCACAGGGUUGUCUUUACUGGAAACAGAAACCCGACCCGACUGAGGACUGACAGUAUGGUCCAAUCACUUUGCAGGUUUAGUGUGAGGCGACAUUGACUAGCGCUGUAGUCGCACACAAAAGUGAAAGCAAGUUCAGCUUGAGGUGCGGCUGUUGCCUGGAAAAGGAAGCGAACCAUUAUGGAAUUAAUACCAAGUACCUACAAUAACAAAUCUGACAUGGAUUCUGCACUGGAUGAUGACAUCUGUAUCCUGACCCACGAGAAAGCCGACUGCGUGCAGAGGAGAGACCAACACACUCCUUUCUCCGCUUCUUCUGGCGAGGCUUCUGUUGCCUCCCAUUUUGCACUGGUCACCGCUUAUGAAGACAUCAAAAAACGCCUAAAGGAGACUGAAAAAGAAAAUUAUAGCCUGAAGAAAAAAUUAAGGCAAAUGGAUGAAAAGCUAAGUGGAAAGAAUGAAACCAGCUUGGUGGAGCAAAAUUUUUAUGAAGUUUGUAUUGAACGUGACAACUUGCUAAACAGAUUGAAUAUGAUGGAAAAGGAGAGACUUGAAUGUACAAAAACCCUAAAUGAACAGCUGCAGUCAAAAGACCUGGAGCUACUGCAAAUAAGAACUGAACUGGAUACUCACCAAGUCAUGAAAUCCUUAAACAAACAUCCAAGUGACUGGGAGAUUGAAAAAAUGAACAAAGACUUGAAAAUGCGGUCACUGGAGCAAGAGCUUCAGUUGAAUCAGGAAGAGUGCCAUUUCCUGAGAGCAGAACUUCAAAGGAAAAAGGACUCUGCAGUGGACAUGAGUGAAGAUUGUCAGAACCUUAUACCCGAAAGCGAGAGCAGCAUGCGGCAAGCGUUUUGGGAACUGAAGAAAGAAAUGUCUAAUUUACAUCUGAUGACUGAAGUACAAGGCAAGGUGCUAAGAAAGCUGAAAGCAACCGUAACUGCAUCCAAGAAAGUUUAUCAUACUGAUUCUGUACAAGAAGAAGAAGAUUUUCUGAAGGACUACAAUAAGUUACAGUUAUCUGCUGCUUGUGCUGUACCAAAUGAACAUAUGCUUAGUAGUGUUCCAGCAUCCAAACCACAAGGACACAUGAACCGUCUUUUGGAAAAGCCUGAUUUCUCACACUGGACACAUGAGAGGCCUAUUCCAGUAGGUGGAACAGACAGUGAAGAUAGUGAUUCCUACCAGAAGCCAUCUUUCGGAGAGGGUUCCUGGGUAAUACCAAGUCCUCCAAAGCCUAACGAAACACUCUUCUGGGAAACCAAAAAUGAUUCUUCAAAGACUUGUGUAGCCCGUUAUUAUAAUGCUUAUGAUGACUUUAAGAGUUAAAAACAAAUGCCACAUUGCUAAUGUUCUGAAUUCCGUUGUUUGAGUAUCAUGUUGCUCAUUACAGGUUUUACUCCACUCAAGUAAAGCAUAUUGAAGGCAAAGGGUAGUAUGGGAACAGUUCUUGCAUUCGUCAAUGAAAAUAUGUAUAACCAAUAAUUUAUUGUCAUCCAGCAAUUUUACCUCUCAUUAUCAAUUAUAUUUAGUAAUCACUUUCGUGUUUGUGAUUUACAAAAUGAUGUAAGAAAAUAUAGAAUGUGAAAUCUCUUGAAGAAUCUAGUCAUUUGGCUAAACAUUAUUAUUCUGAUUAGUUGGGUUUUAUUUUGUAGUCUGAUCUUGAAGUGCACUUUAGUGAAUGUAAGAAUUUACCAUUUCCAAAAGAACCAGAGGCGGCCAGUGCAAUGGCACACUCUCUCACUACUGGCUAUUAUAGCAAGUUUUGUAUUCUUGUGUUUAGAGUGUGUUCACAGAGUCCCAAUCCAUAAUCAACAAUGGUCAGUUUUAGCCCAAAAUUGUCUUAGGAAAAGCAGAAACUGCAAGUACUGGAAACAUUUUGUAGAUUCUAUAAGGGUGGGGUCUGCUUAAAAUAAGCACAGGUCACUUGUUGGUACCUUCUGGUUCUGGCUCUGAAUCCAUUGCUGCUUUCUCUAGAAUGUGACAUGAAUUGCUUGUAUUGCUGUUUUGGGGCUGUUAGAAACUUACCACUGUAUAUAGUUGUGUUAUAUGGCUUCAUUUUAUCCUGAUUUCUUGCAACUUAUUCUAAAUGAUGGCAGUUAGCAAAGGAAGAACUGCAUUAGAUGGUAGUUUUGCAGUCUUUUAAAUGAAGUUCCACAAAUAUUAACUGGCAGAUUUAUCAAAGAUCGAAGUUUGAAGUUCUAAUAAAUUUGACUGUUCUCAUAACUCGAAUGGGAGGUUCUUUAAGAAAAAACUCGGAACGUUUAACAUUCGAUCGAAUAGGAACAACCCAAAAUCUGAAUGGAAUUUGAAUCAAAUUCCUCCAGAAAAAAAAAAUUGAAUGUCAGGAAGGCUACUAACAUCUUCAAAUGGUCCAACUGACCCUUUGCCAUUGAUUUUCAAACUAAUUGGCAGGUUUUAUGUGGCGACAUUUCAAAUUAGAACCGUUUCCAGGGUCGAGGUUUGAUACAUAUCGCAUUCAAAUUCGAGUUGGUGGUUUUAAAUUCAAAAUUAUGAGUUUUGACCCAAAAGAUUUUUACUAUUCGAACCUUAGUAAAUCAGCAACUAAGUUGUGUAAGUGGAUUAGUUCAUUGCUGUCAGUUCUAGCAUUUUAAAGCUGCCUACACAUUCAUAUUGCUAGGACAAGCCAAAUGUAUUCACUAUUACUCUUAACAUCAUCCCCUUAAUAAGUAGGUUUUAUGUGCCCCAUUGGCAUGUGUGCAAGAUCAUUGGCCAACCCAGAAGAGCAUGGGCUUGUCUAAUCCAAUUAUUCAGAUGGAAUUGUUGGGUAAACACAGAAUCGCAAAUUUGCACAGAAUAUUAAAA